AUAUCUAUUUUUUACGCUGGAAAUGUCUUCAUACGCAAUAUACGCAUGGUACUCUGCAAAGAUACGAAACAAUUUCUUCUCCGUUUAGAUACUGGUAGUUCGAUAUACUGGGACUGAAUUCAUUCUAACCCAUAUGCUUCAGGCGAAAUACAGUGAAGAUGAAAGUUCUUGUGUUGAGCAUUGUUCUCUGUUGUGUCUCUGCUGGGGCAUUUUUAGUUCAGACUCAACCGUUGCACCAGUCUACACCAGGUCAACAAAGUCUACAAAUUCUUACAAAGACGUUGUUGUCUCUUACGAAUCACUCAGCUGUGGUGGAGGAGAUUUGCCGAGUCUACCCUACUCUGAUCAUUCCCCACCCUGGCGAAUGUCAGCUGUAUUACAACUGCUCCCUGACGUACACCUCUGUCCCUGCCCAUCUGGAACAGCACAUGGUGGAGUGUACCUAUCCAGACCUGUUUUCUGAAAAGACAAAUAAGUGCGAAAAUUUCACUGAUGUCUGUUGUGGUGCAAGGACGGAAUUCAAAGAUAAGUGUUCCUACCGACAUGGAAACCAAAAUGGAUACUGUCAUUUCAAAUCUUGUAUUGGUGACCCUGAUGGCAUGGUUCAAAUUUUUAAUUUCCAUAACUUCAAGAUAUGCUUUAAAGAACGCCUUGUAGGGGAAGGGAGUUGCAAACUUUGGUUUGAACUACCAUAUAAAGGGAAAUGCACAAGCAGACUAGACAUACCUGUUUCAAAAGGUGGUCUGAUGCCCUCAUGUACUGGAAAGAAUGACGGUAUCUAUCGCUUUGAUCAUUCUAGCGCCCUGGAAAAUUUCUUGUAUUAUGGAGAUUAUUUUCAUAUUGGUCGGGUUUGUGAUGCAUACUACAAAUGCUUAGGGGGAACUAUUACGGUGGUCAAGUGUGAGAAUGGAACCGUGUUUCAUAUGGACAGUAAUACCUGUAAACCAGGAAACUCCUCACUUCCUAACAGCUGUCAGUUAUAUUGUAAUCCGGAGAAGACGAGCAUCAAUCCUUUUCCUGUAAAUGUUGAUGAAUGUCCAUAUCCACUACAGUUUUCGGAGACGACAGGGCGAUGCGAAAAUUUCACGGAGGUAGCCUGUGGCACACGAAAAGAGGAGAAGUAUAUUUGCAGUUACUGGGAAUCGCUGUUUUACAACAGACAUGGAGGAAAUUGUGAUACUCGGAACAUUCGUGAUUGUCUUUACCUCCCAAACGGUGUCCACCGAGACCCAAGACGUUCUCCAUCAUCAUUUAUACGGUGCUAUGGAAAUAGAUUGGUUGAGGAAGGAAAGUGUACUAUCGACUCAGUUUGGGGUUCACAAACAUUUAUAUACAACGGCACCUGCACCCAAAGGUUUGCCAUACCAACCUCAGAGGCGGACUAUGGACUCCUCCCUAGCUGUUCUGCGAAGCCAGAUGGGAACUACCAGUUCAGAACGAGGCCGUGUGAUGCUUACUACAGAUGCGAGGGCGGAAGGGCUACAGCAGUAAAAUGUCCAGAGCACACCCUCUUUGACGUCACCAGACGCACGUGCGCGUCAAACGUGGCUUGUUACCGUGCUUGAUGAAAUUCUUUUUAAUGUAUUUCUGUUUUCAUUUCAUAGAAAUAAAUGUCAUUUGAAUGAUAUUUUAUUGAAAAUUCGGUCAAUAAAAAUUUUGGUAUAGAG